ACGUGGGUUGUAUCGAAACAUCUGGAAACUCAUUCUGUCUACUACGUACCAAAAUAGCCACAAUUGCCAGCAAGAAUGUGUGCUUGAAGCACGCCCUGAAUUAUUGUAUUGUUUUGUUUUUCUCUUGAGGUUGUCAAUUGCAGGGUUUACUUGGAAUUAGACAAACUCUAUUUCUGCAGUUUCCUGCUUUUAGUGUGCAUGUGGAAAAUGGAGAAUGACAACCCUCCUUUGUGAAUGUAAGAAUAUUAGAGGAACGCUGAAUUUGUGUUUGGAUUUUAUUUCUGGACUUGGGUCCCAUCACAUGAGAGCUUGAGGUUAUUGCGACCUUUUCUCUGUGUUUUCUGCUUCUUCAUUUUCUCUUUUGUGGGAUAGAGGGAGGGAAGAGAUGGAGUGCAUGAGGGCAAUGUCGUCUGUUUGCUGUGGGAGCGCGUCAUUGGGGAUCGUAGGAUCAGUAAUUGACCAUGGUGCCGGGAAGAAUGAGAAUUUCCGCGGCAGGGCUGUAGCUGUCGCUUCUCUUAGAGUGCAGUCGAUGCAAGUCGGAGGGGUAUCGUCAGGUUACCAAGGGAAAGCUUUGAAGAGGUUUGGGUUACGGAGGAGCAUCGCACGAGCCACAUACUCCAGACCUGACGAGCCGCUGGGGACGAAGGCAGAGAAUGCCGCCAACAAAGCAGCCAGGGAUUUCGAUGGGGCGAAGCAAUCAGUUGGAAGUGCCGUGGAAGAUGUGGAAGGGAAGGCAAGCACAGAAGUUGAUGAGGGAAAGGAAUCACUGGGAAAUACUGGGGAGGAACUAAAACUGAAUAUCAAGAGCGGCAUUGACCAGUCGAAGCAGGCAUUUUCCAGCACUGUGGAGGAUCUCAAAAGGAAAGCGGACGAAACUAAGAGUCUUGCACAAGAAACAGCUUAUAAGGAACUGGAGAAACUGAGAGAUAUCACUAAAAAACUUCUAGAGGAAACCGAUGUCGCAUUGAAUAAGCUCGCUGCAACGGCACAGGAAACUGCCAACAAGCAGAAAGAUAAUCUAGCAGAUGUCGUGGAGAAAGCGCCGGAGACAGUGAAGGAAGUUGCAGAAUCAGUCCUUCGUGCGCACUAUUCGGAAGCUGGAGGGAGCGGUUCUAAGGUUCAUGAUUUCUGCUUGGGUAUUCCUUACGGAGGUUUCCUAUCUGUUGGAGGUCUACUAUGGUUUAUACUUUCCGGCUCGAUUUCAGCCAUUAGGUUCGGUGUACUGCUAGGAAGCGCAAUCCUUUACUUGGGUUUGACCAGCUUGAAAAAGUGGGAAAAAGGGGAGUCCUCAAUGACGUACAUCCAGAGUCAAUCAGCCAUCACUACCUUUAUCUUCUUCAGGUAUUUUAGGCAUUACACUGUGAACAAGGCGCUCUUUCCAACGGGAGUUGUAGGCCUUAUAAGUGGUGCAAUGGUGGCCUUCUAUAUUUAUGUAUUGGCGUCCGGUGGGAAUCGUCCCCAAAAACCCGAGAGCCAGACAAAUUGAUAGGUUAAAUUAUUUGCAAAGCACCCCUUGUUCUAUGGGGAUAUACAUUAGCCUCUGUUAGACUAUUCUGCAGGUCAGUACUUUCAGUCCCUUCUUUGGUAGAAACCACUGCCCACCGUUACCAUCUGGCAUUAAAUAUGGAGUUUGUGUGUGCAAAUGUCGAGAGGAUGUAUGAUACGGGUGGUGUGCACUGUCCAAGCUAUUAAUGUUAAGACAGCAAGCAUCAAGAUGUCAGCAAGAUGGGUGUGGGAAAUCCGGCCCGACUUUCGACGAGGAAAUCACUUCAUGAAUCUAGUUUCUUUUUGUGAUGGUUGUGAGACCUUAGUUGAUCCUGCUUUUUGACAGCCUUCAAAGUUUCACGAGUGCUUAGGGUUAAGUAACAGAAUAAAUUGCUUUCCUCUCGAAGCUCACUGUAGUCUUGUGCUGCCACUGAACGGAGAAUUGAAAGGCUUGACUUGACCUGGCUUGGUUGGCCAAGUGUUCUAUUCAAGCCACUGAUUGCUGCGUGGGCCUUAUUCUCUGCUCGUACAAUCAGGAGUCUUCUAGAUCUUGGCAUGUAAAACCAGGGAACAUUGUCUGCUUUAAAUUCUUCACUUUCAUCUGA